UCUUUCUUCAUAAAUAAAUAAUCAGUACAUAACGGAAGGUAAAGUAACAUUAAUUCAGAGGGCUAAAUCCAAUCCAGAAAGCCAAAGAUUUAGUUCUAAAAUGAAGAUGAGAAGAGUUGUUGAAUGGCUCAUAACCUUCUUCUUCGUCAUUUGUUGCAAUGCUCUCCUAUGCUCCUCAGCGGAAGCCGCAGGUCAUGAUCUCAAGCCAUUGAUGAAGGAAAAACAACUCAGAAAUGUAUUUAAGAGUCAAAGAACAUCGUUCAAGGGUUUACAUGAAGCACUUUACGUUGGAAAACAAAAGAAAUUAGCUAUUGAUGAUCAAAACAAGAUAGCGAAGGGAACUUAUACCGGUGGAGGUCAUCUUCGAUCUCGUUCCAAAAAGAAUGGAGCAAACUCUUUAAUGCUAAAAUCCUCUUCUCUCCUCUCAGCACUACUGUUUAGAUAUGUAAUAGUAGGGUUGCUCGUUACCAUGUUCUUCUUUUGAUAGCUUGAAGAACCAUUCGACUCUUGUUUUGCAUACUUGUUUCCAUGGUCCUUAAUUGGCUAAAUCUUAGAAAUUUAUAUAUAGUUGCUUAAUUAUCUGAUGAUGUACUGUACUUUAACUUAUAUAUUGCUUGUUAAUUUGGGUGAUGAGGUUUCUGUUUCAGUUCCAAGCUU